UUUAGCAAACCUUCUUGAAAUUUAGUAUACAUUUAAUUCGACAUACUACCAAGCUAUGUUUAAAAUUUCUGAUAGAUAACUCAAGAAACAACAGAGUUCCGUGGGAACAUCCAACAAAAAUAGGGUACUAGCUCUAGCAUAGUUCGACUGAGAUUUAAUCUCAGUCCCAGUAAUCGAAACAAAUAACUUGCAGAACCCAUAAGAAAAUAUCUAGAUAUUUGCUUGGCUUAUUAUGCCAAAAGAAGCCAAAUCUGAUAUAUAUAUAUAUUUCCAGCUUAAAGCCAAAUAUCGCUUUAAAAUAUGCAAGAACUCUUUACCAAAACAUCUUGAAAUGUGGUACACAAAUAUUUCAGCAUAACAUCAUGUUGUCCCAUAAAUUUCUGGUAGAUAACUCGAGGAACAACAGAGUUCCAUGGGAACAUUUAACUAAGCUAGGGUAUAUGCUAGCUUAGUUGGGCUGAUCACUUUUACUUGCUUGUUUUAUUUGCUUGAUAUUUUUUUUGUAGCUUCGUUUCGUUUUCAAACAGGCCUAAGAGGAAGGGACCUCGCGAUAAGUCAUAUUGUAAGGCAACAAAAAAUGUUAUUUAAAAAUGAUGGAAAUACGAAAAAGCGAUUAGUUAUUGAAAUCAAACGAAUCGCGUGAUUUCGCCAACGCGGACGCACAACAGACUCCUGCUCCAGAUCCGAGGCUGAUCAUGGCCAACAAUAGCUUCUGGUUGAAGAUCGCGGCACUUGCCAUCUUCUGUGUAUUGAAUGUGUAUUUGUUUCUGAUCUCCUGGAGCAUUAGCUAUCGCGAUGCGCUCACCGUCGAGCAGGUGCGUUUCCGCGAGGAGAUGCCCACAAUGGACAGCUGGGUGAACUCACCCUUUGGCAAGCUGAAGAGCUACGUGUUCAAUGUGACAAAUGCGGAGGAGUUUAUGAGCGGACGCGACGCGAGGGUCAAGCUGCAGCAGGUGGGACCCAUUGUCUACAAGAUUGUGGGCUACAACGAUGUGCUCAAUCGGACGGAGACGAGUGUGACCUAUCGCAAGCAUCGCUAUCGCCAUGUCGAGUUCGUGCCCGAGGAGAGCGUCUCGCCGGACAUACUCAACCAGACCAUCGUCCAGUUCAAUAGCGUGCUGAUCGGAGCCGCCGCCAAAUACAGCGAGAUGCCCUUCGCCUGGAUGGGCUUCAAUCCGUUGACCAUUGCCGAGCCGGUCUUUCUGCCGGGCAGCGUUUAUUAUUUUCUCUGGGAGUACACGCGACCCUCGCUGGAGGCCAUUGGCAAGGUGAUAAAGCUGGACACCAACUGUGGCACGCUUUUCAAUGCACUCAAGGAGAAGGAGGAGGUGUACACGGUGAAUAUUGGCCCCGAGCCGGGCAUCGAGAACUUCUUCCGCAUACAAAGCCUCAACGACGAGCAACUGAUCCAGGAGCGGCUGAAACGCAGCCGCUCAGAGCCGGACGAGAGCUGUCCGAUCAAUGUCGUCGGCACCUUGGACAAUUCCCUAUAUCCGCCCUUUGUGCAGCGGGACACGCCUCUGCGCAUCGUGGCCAGCGAGUCCUGUCGCGUCCUCCCGUUGCACUAUCAACGGGAUCAGAUGCACGACGGCCUGCAAGCCUAUCGCUAUGCCCUGCUCCAGGCCAACGAGUCGGCGCCCGCCUGCAUGGACAGCACAUAUGGUGUCCGGCUGCCGCGCGGCAUGUUCGACGUCUCCAAGUGCGUGAUAAAUGAUGCGCCGUCGGCAUUCUCGAUGCCGCAUUUCUAUGGCAGCAGCUACGAUUGGCGCCAGCAUUUCGAGGGCCUCAAUCCCAAUGCCGAGGAGCAUGAGCCCUAUCUGCUGCUGGAGCCCAUCAUGGGCGUGCCCAUCAAUGAGAAAUAUCGCUUUCAGUCCAAUACGCCGCUGCCGGACUUCAAGAGCUUCAGCCCGAAGCUGCAAAAGCUGCGCAACAUGAUUUUGCCUGUCUUCUGGUACGAAUUCGACAUGGAUCAUCUGCCCGGCUUUGUGCUCCUGAUGAUACGCUUCAAUGUCGUCUGGCUGCCCAGGCUGCAGCCGGUGCUGAUGGCCCUGCAGCUGUUCCUCGCCCUCUGGUCCCUGCUCAGUCUGGUGCGACGCGUCAGCCGGAGUCGCAGCUACGGCGAGCUCUAUCGCAAGCUGGGCGGCGGGCCCGAUGUACAGCUGGAGACCGUAUUGAAUCCGCAACCACAACAUGAUCCCAAGUCUGUCAAAUAGUCACAGACACGUGCGUGUAUCUUAUAGAUACGUUUUAGGUUUAGCUACGUAGCUUUAGACACGGAUCACCUCAUCGGCUGUGCUUAUCAGCAAUAGCAAUAGGAACAAUAAUACUAAUAAUAAUGAUAAUGAUAAUGAUAAUGAUAAUGUAUGUAAUUACGAUUGGUUGCACAUC